AUGAAGCCACUGAAGAGGGCAAAGGUCGUUUUGAAGACACACAUUCUAGAAGAUGUACGAGGUGGGAUCCAUGUCCAGAGUGAAAUCCAUAUAUCCACCCAAGAAAAGCAUUCAAACCUGGUGGCUGCCUACUGUAUCGGUAUUAGUAGCUUUGCCUCCUCCUUGCUGCUACCAGAGACAGGGCUCCAGGCUGCCACCGGGAGAGGUCUGCAGCCCAGGACAGCGCACGGACUCCAGCGAGCUUCGCCGGUGGGGCUGGGAGGAGGAGCCCCGUGCGGUGCGGCCGCAGAGGGCCAGGCCGCGUCCCCACGGCUGCCGGGGCCGGGCUCGAGCACACGGCGGGGUCUGGCGUUCGCGGAGAUCUACCUGAGAGACAGGGCCCACGGGGCCGGGGUGGAGCACACGGGGGGGGGGUCUGGCGUUCGCGGAGAUCUACCUGAGAGACAGGGCCCACGGGGCCGGGGUGGAGCACACGGGGGGGUCUGGCGUUCGCGGAGAUCUACUGAGAGACAGGGCCCACGGGGCCGGGGUGGAGCACACGGCGGGGUCUGGUGUUCGCGGAGAUCUACCCGAGAGACAGGGCCCACGGGACCGGGGUGGAGCACACGGCGGGGUCUGGCGUUCGCGGAGAUCUACCCGAGAGACAGGGCCCACGGGACCGGGGUGGAGCACACGGCGGGGUCUGGCGUUCGCGGAGAUCUACCCGAGAGACAGGGCCCACGGGACCGGGGUGGAGCACACGGCGGGGUCUGGCGUUCGCGGAGAUCUACCCGAGAGACAGGGCCCACGGGGCCGGGGUGGAGCACACGGCGGGGUCUGGUGUUUGCGGAGAUCUACCCGAGAGACAGGGCCCACGGGGCCGGGGUGGAGCACACGGCGGGGUCUGGCGUUCGUGGAGAUCUACCCGAGAGACAGGGCCCACGGGGCCGGGGUGGAGCACACGGCGGGGUCUGGCGUUCGUGGAGAUCUACCCGAGAGACAGGGCCCACGGGGCCGGGGUGGAGCACACGGCGGGGUCUGGCGUUCGCGGAGAUCUACCCGAGAGACAGGGCCCACGGGGCCGGGGUGGAGCACACGGCGGGGUCUGGCGUUCGCGGAGAUCUACCCGAGAGACAGGGCCCACGGGGCCGGGGUGGAGCACACGGCGGGGUCUGGCGUUCGCGGAGAUCUACCCGAGAGACAGGGCCCACGGGGCCGGGGUGGAGCACACGGCGGGGUCUGGCGUUCGCGGAGAUCUACCCGAGAGACAGGGCCCACGGGGCCGGGGUGGAGCACACGGCGGGGUCUGGCGUUCGCGGAGAUCUACCCGAGAGACAGGGCCCACGGGGCCGGGGUGGAGCACACGGCGGGGUCUGGCGUUCGCGGAGAUCUACCCGAGAGACAGGGCCCACGGGGCCGGGGUGGAGCACACGGCGGGGUCUGGCGUUCGCGGAGAUCUACCCGAGAGACAGGGCCCACGGGGCCGGGGUGGAGCACACGGCGGGGUCUGGCGUUCGUGGAGAUCUACCCGAGAGACAGGGCCCACGGGGCCGGGGUGGAGCACACGGCGGGGUCUGGCGUUCGCGGAGAUCUACCCGAGAGACAGGGCCCACGGGGCCGGGGUGGAGCACACGGCGGGGUCUGGCGUUCGCGGAGAUCUACCCGAGAGACAGGGCCCACGGGGCCGGGGUGGAGCACACGGCGGGGUCUGGCGUUCGCGGAGAUCUACCCGAGAGACAGGGCCCACACAAAGUGUUUCUGAACCAGGAUGCCUUCCGCUUCGGAGCCAAGGGACCUGGGACUCGGGCCGUGGAGGCACUACCGCGAGAGCUUUGUCCUCUUACAGACUUCCCGAGCGGAGUCUUCACACCUGGUCCCGAGGAGACCCCCAGCCCCCGCAAGUCAGGGCCCCGGCCUGUGCCCCCCCAGUCCCCGCAAGUCGGGGUCCCGGCCUGUCCCUCCCCAGCCCCGCAAGUCAGGGCCCCGGCCUGUGCCCCCCCAGCCCCCGCAAGUCGGGGUCCCGGCCUGUGCCCCCCAGGCCCCCCAAGUCAGGGCCCCGGCCUGAGCCCCCCCCAGCCCCCGCAAGUCAGGGCCCCGGCCUGUGCCCCCCCAGCCCCCGCAAGUCGGGGUCCCUGCCUUUGCCCCCACAGCCCCCGCAGUCGGGGUCCCGGCCCGUCCCCGCCGCGGCCACGCAGGUCGGGGUCCCGGCCUGUCCCCGCCGCGGCCACGGAAAGCCCAGGAAGGCGACUCCAGCGCCGUCGGGCGCCCCCUGACCUCCCUCCUCCAGGGGCGGGCGCGGUCCCUCGCCCGGGACCCGAAGAGGGGCGUCGCGCGGCUCCAGCGCCGCCGCAGCGGGCCGCCUCCCGCCAACACCCGGCCGUGCCGGCGCGGGGCAGGGGGCGCCGGGGAACCCCGCUCCCCGCUCGGCCCCGCGCCGCCUCGCCGGCAACCCGCAUGCGCACCGCGCCGCGCGGGGAGCCGAGGGGAGGGGCGGACGCAGAGCCGCGGCCGGCCGCGGGCCCCGGGGUCACCGACGACGCAUGCGCCGGGAGCGCAAUCACGGCCUCGGCUCGCGGCUGCCGGCGUCCGGAAGGAAACCCCGAGCCGCCGCCGCGCGCGCGCUCCCGGUGA